AUACGGAUCAUGACGAAGGACGAUUACCCAAGAGUAAAAGCAUUCAUGAAGGAUGAUUUCCUUAAGUCAGAACCCCUGUGCCAAUCCAGUAGCAAGCCGAUGGAACUGGAGAAGGAGAAGGAGAAGGAGAUGGACGAUUAUCAUCUCUCAUUGAUAGCCCAAAGCACCUGCUUGGUGGCCCUUGAAGAGAGCAACGGCGACAAAUUGGUUGGUUUUGUCCUCGCCGGAGCGCAGUUUCCCGAAGAUCUCGAGAAGCAUCGCCAGGAGGCAGAGGUAAUGGACCAAAAUUUCUUGGGCCACAUUACUUUCAUGCUCUCCAAGAUCGAGCGCGAAGCAGAUAUCUUCCGGAGAUAUGGUAUCUCCAAGGCUCUUUACUCCCAUAUCACCAGUGUUGCUGCUUCAAUGAGAGGAAAAGGGUUGGGCUCCCGGUUAGCCAGCAAACUGAUGGAUGUGGGCCGCUCCAAGGGAUUCCCUGCGAUGGUGGCCUACUGCACCAGUUUCUACUCUGCCCGCCAGAAGGAAGCCCUGGGAAUGGAGUGCAUUCACUUCCUGGUCUACGCCGACUACAAGGACGAUAGUGGUCAUCCGAUCUUCACACCGGCAGCUCCGCACACAAAGGCUCGAGUCAUGUUCAUCAAAUUGUGAGUUGGGAUA